CAAAAUAGGAUGGAUUAUCAUAACCAUACGAUUUUGUUCAUCGUGAUCAUUUCGUCGUGCGCUGGAACGGUAUAUAGCUGUGCUUGUUCAAGAAAUCUAAAACACUGUGCAAACAUUUACCAAAUGCCUGUGGACUUUCAAACGGCUCAACAGAAUUGCAGAGAACGGGGUGGUCAGUUAUUUAUCCAGUCGAAUGCAUCAGAUGAAGUUGUCGGCUAUCUCCUUAAUAACCUGAUCGGACACUUUUGGACCGGACUCUAUCUCCCAAGCGACAAGUGUUUAAGAAAUACGAGCACGUUCCGCGAAGGAGAACGGAUCACGGAAUUCACCAACUUGGAGACCGAAGAAACGUGCGUCCCACUCUGCGUGUCUGUCUCCAGCGACGGAAUGCGGAUGCCGAGACCAUGCACGGACAAACUGGAUGGAUUUUUGUGCGAGGACUCUCAAGGGGAUCUUUGCAAAGGAAAUGCGGUCGUUCUGGAUAAUGCGCAGUGUAUGUUUGCACCCUGUGAACAUAAAUGUACUCCUUUGGAAACCGGAUAUAGGUGUUCGUGUAUGGAACGAUUCCGUCCAAAUGCACGAGAUCCACGCCGCUGUGAUUUCUAUUGCGCAACGAGAGUUUGUGAAGCGUUAUGUUUGAGAGGGACCCCCUCUCAAACGGCGUGUUGGUGCCCGGCUGGUUUUGUUAGAAACGACCAAACCUGCGAAGAUAUUGAUGAAUGUGAAUCAAAUCACGGCUGCGCACACUUGUGCCUAAAUAAGAUAGGAACUUAUAGAUGUGCUUGCUACGAGCCGUUCAUCCUCGUUAAUGGAACUGAAUGCACUCUUGCUCCUAUUCUAUAUGAUGGUCAAGUAUUCACAACACCGUCAAGAGGGGCACUGUCGACCCCAGGAGAGUAUGCUGGGCUGAUAAUAUUCCUAGUAGUGGCUGUUUUUGCUCUAUUAGUACUUGUGCGUUAUUUGCGCGGACGUAAAGCAACUGUACAGGAAUGCAAUCCACCAGAAGAGUUUCAAGAAAGUGUAUCUAAGUAAAUAAUAACUGCUACAUAAGUUUUCUUUAAAUAGCUGGUGGUAAUGUCUCUGUGUGUACAUCAAUAUGUUUGUGACUGUAUAGCCUACAUUCUAUGAAGAAUUACACUUGUUUUUUUUAGUAAGGUGUGUUUUUUUUUAUUGUUUAUAUA